AUGAUAGAUCAACAAGUAACUAAAGAAGAUGAUACGUGUAAUAAAGAGGAAGAAGAAGAAGCAAUAUUUGAAAUGGAUGAUAUUCCUAGAAAUAUAUCUGCUACUUCGUUAUCUUCCUCAUCUUCUUCUAAUACAAUGCGUCAAGAGAUGUCUAUUCAUGAUGACGGUAAUGAUAAUGCGACUACUGUGAUACGUUAUUAUGUACCUACUCAAGAAGAACCACAAGGAUUAUCUCAAAGUGUUGUUCUAUCUGAACAUGAUUAUCUUCAUCGACAUAUGAUCAUGCAAUAUAAUUCUACAAGACAUCAUGCUAGCUCUGGUAAUGAAAUGGAUACAGUUACUCUUCAUGAGGAUAUAGAUGACGAUUAUUAUGUUGUACAACGUAAACAACUACUACUCUCUGAAGAGUUAGAAAUAAUACCAACAAAUAUGAAACUCUAUUCUCAAUCAGCACCUCCUACAGAUUCAUUUUUAUCUUCUUCUCCCAUUACUAUUCUUCAUAAAAAUGAUUCUGAUGACAAAGAUCAUCUUACAACAGACAGUAUCUCUACGCGUUCUUCUUCAAUUGAAAUUGUUCUUCCUGAUACAUCUCAAAGUCCUUGUACAGAGGUACAAUCAGGACAUGAAGCAACCAUCGUCAAGGAACUUUCAAUAGAGGAUGAAUGGAAUCAACUUGCUGAUGAACAUUAUGGGCCUUUACCUAUUCUUGAGCAUACUAAACAUCAGGAACAAACACAAUCUACUACAGAAGAGAGUAUAUGGGAUGCUAUCCAUAGACAACCCAAUGUCUUGGAUAAAAUAAGAUUGAAUCCCUUUAUUCGUGAACUCUUUAGACACUAUGCUUGUCCUCUAAAGAUAAUGAAAAUUGCAAAGACAACUCGAUUUAAGGAACUUCAACAUUAUAUCUUUGAUCCUAAUGUAUUGUAUAUGAGAUAUUUUCGUAACCCACAAUGUGCAUAUGUAAUUUAUAGAAAUUAUGAAGAAAUGUUAAAAGGUUACAACAAGAUACAUCUGUCAGUGAUUAACGGUAGUCAAGUUGAAUGCUAUCCCAGUACUUUUUAUGAAUUAGAACAAAACUAUGCUAAUAUGUUGGAAAAAAAGUCAACAGUUAAAUAUCAUGAUGAGGAUGGUAGUAGUAGUAGUCAUUCACACCUUAACUACACAUAUACUGUUGACUCUAAUCAUCGUAGUAAGCAUUCUUCUACAUCUUUAUCAAAAAAAUCAAGGCAACAAAAAAGACAAAAGGAACAGUAUCAUAAAAACGAUACAUUCAAAUGUAAUCAAGAAGAAUCCAUAGCUAAAAAUGCAAUAACGACUAAGGCUUCAACAACUGUUUUCUUUGAUUUAAAUACUACUACUUUACCUUAUUAUAAUUAUCAAGGAAACUUGAUGAAAAUGAUGUGUAGUCCUUUCAAGUCAUCCUCUUCACCACAGAACUUAUUAGUGACAAUGUUAGCAGACAAGAAUCAAACUCUGGAUGAUGAUGAUAAUGAUGUCAAUCAUAGUAAUGCAAUAGUAUCACCUUAUUUAUUGUUGUCAACGAUGCCCAUUUUACCAUAUCAAUGUGUUAUUGUUAAACUUGAUGAUAAAGCAGAUCUCAUGCUAUGUAAAGAGAUAAAUUAUGUCCACAUUCCUAAAAGCAAAGUGACUUUUUUAAAUACAAUUUACGAGCAUUCUUAUCAAGUUAUACUUGUAUUCAGUGUAAAAGGAAGUAAAAGAUUUCAGGGUUAUGCAUACAUGUCAAGUGAAAUAUUAAACAUAAACAAACUAAGUGCAUUUGAUAUUCAAGGUACAUUCUUUAUCGAAAAGUUAGGAUUAAAUCAAGAAAUAAAGAGAAAUAAUUGGAAGUAUAUUUGUAGAAUAGAAUGGCAAUCAAAUGGAGAAUUAAGUAUGGAUUACGUAGGUGAUUGUAUUAAUAUUUGGAAUAUGAAUAAGCGACUUAAAUAUUCAAAGAACAUCACGUUAGUUGAGCCUACACUUGGAAAGAGUUUAAUUGAUUUAAUGAAUGAUAAUCAAACUUUAAAUAAAUAA